AUGGCAAGGAAAAGGUUUUUCAUGUUGGAGAGACGAUUGGAAAAGAAUCCUGAUUUAAAAUUGGAGUAUCAUAAAUUCAUGUCAUCAUAUCUGGAGUUGAAUCACAUGGAGCCGUCAGGAAGUGGACCAAAUGAGGGGUACUAUCUACCUCAUCAUGCGGUAGUAAAAAAAUCCAGUCUAACAACAAAGCUGCGUGUGGUCUUCGACGCAUCUGCAAAAUCAACAACUGGAUUAUCCCUCAAUGAUACCUUGAGAAUUGGACCAACCAUUCAAGAUGGAAUUUUUGAAUUAAUACUCCGAUUCAGAUGUUAUAGGAUAGUUCUCUCUGCAGACAUCGAAAAGAUGUACAGACAGUUCUGGAUAGAUCCGGAAGACAGGAAGUUCCAGAAAAUUCUGUGGAGAUGGAAUCAGUCUCAACCGUUGCGAACGUUCCAGCUGAAAACGGUCACAUAUGGAACAGCAUGUGCUCCUUUCAUGGCGACGCGAUGUCUUAAACAGCUAGCUCAUGAAGAAAGGACCUCGUAUCCGUUGGCAGCAAAGGCAAUUGAAGAGGAUAUGUACGUGGACGAUUUGUUGACUGGUACCAAUUCUGUCGAGGAAGCUAAGAGAUUGCGAGAUGAUAUCAUAACAAUCACAAAUCGAGCGGGACUCACUAUGUGCAAAUGGCUUUCGAAUCAUUCAGCCAUCAUGAUGGAUCUACCGGACAAAUCUGGAACCACGAUGAUCAGUCUGGAUCCGGAGAAGAUCACUAGAACGCUGGGCGUUGGCUGGAGUGCCAACGAGGAUACGUUAAUCUUUGAAGUGAGUCAGGGACCGGUGAUCGAACAAUGGACUAAACGCAAUAUAUUAUCAAGAAUUGCCCAAUUGUUUGAUCCGUUGGGUUUGGUGUCACCGAUCGUAGUAUUGGCCAAGAUCAUCUUACAGGAUCUCUGGAGAUCACAACUUGGAUGGGACGACGGAGUUCCUGAAAAUAUAAGAAAAAUGUGGGUGGAUUAUCAUGCUCAACUGCCAGUGCUGAAUGGAUGGAGCAUUGAUCGUCAUAUGUUGAUGCCGGAAGCUACAAACAUCCAACUGCACGGCUUCUCCGACGCUAGCAUGAAAGCAUACGGAGCAUGCAUUUAUUUACGAGUAGCUACGAAAGAGGAAAUCAAAACGACCUUGGUGUGUGCUAAGUCCAGAGUAGCUCCAAUAAAGGCUGUGACGUUGCCCAGGUUGGAGUUGUGUGGCGCUCUGUUGCUCGCGAGGCUCUACAGGAUGGUGGGAACUGCCAUAGAUCUAAAUCUCGAUUCCAUUCAUUUUUGGUGCGAUUCUACCAUCGUCUUGGCUUGGCUUCAAUCACCGGAACAAAAAAGAGAGAUUUUUGUAUCCAAUAGGAUUUCCGAGAUUAAAGAACUUACAGCUGCUGGAAAAUGGUCACAUGUACCCACUAAGCAAAACCCUGCGGACUUGGUCUCGAGAGGUGUAUUGCCAUCAACCUUCUUGCUGAACGAAUUAUGGAAGGAGGGACCAGAGUGGCUGAAGAAGAAUGAAGAUCAUUGGCCUGAAUAUCGAAGAGAAAAAAUAAUGGAAGCAGAUUCUGCAGAGAACGUAGUAACACUCACAGUGAUUACGAAAAAAAAUUCUGAUCUUUGGGAAAGAUUUUCAUCCAUGAAAGCAUUGAGGAGAUUUUUCGCUUGGUCGUUUCGGUUCAAGGAAAAUGCAAGCAAACUAAGUCAUCGAGAUGGUCCUCUCACUGCCACCGAAUUGAAAAUUGCAGAAGAUCGGAUUAUGCAAUUGGUACAACGCGAAGAAUUUGAAGAGGAAAUAAAAAAUGCACACGCAGGGAAGGAAAUUUCGAAAUCAUCGACCUUGAACAGAUUGUCUCCCAUAUAUGUUGCUGGAAUGUUGAGAGUGGGGGGCAGAAUUGAGAAUGCUGCCAUUAACGACAACAAAAAACAUCCAAUUGUCUUGCCGAAAAAACAUAUUGUAACGCGUUUAUUGAUUAGAGAAUAUCACGAAAAAAAUUUACAUUCUGGGGUUAAUACCACACUGUACGCACUGAGAUCUAAAUAUUGGAUAAUUGACGGUAGAUCGUUGGUCAGGAACGUAUUGCAUUCAUGCAUCAGAUGUUUUCGGGUAAAACCAAGAGAACCAUUUUACAAAAUGGGCAAUCUUCCUAGAGUUAGAUUAACGGCAGCUCGACCUUUUGAGAAUGUGGGAAUUGAUUUCUGUGGGCCAUUUUUUAUAAAAGAAAAGGUGCAUAGAAACAGAGGUAAAGUGAAGGUGUAUAUAGCAGUCUUUGUUUGUCUGUCGAUCAAAGCGGUACAUUUGGAGUUGGUGGGCGAUCUGACAUCCGAUUCAUUCAUUGGUUGCUUGAGACGUUUUUUCGCGCGGAGGGGAGUUUCAAGGUCGAUAUAUUCCGAUAACGGAACUAACUUUGUCGGCGCGAAUAAUCAAUUAAGGGAGUUAUAUGACUUGCUCAAUUCAAAAAAAUGCGAUGAUGAAACUCGCAAAUUUGCAGCGGAAAGGGGAGUCGAUUGGCAUUUUUCUCCACCGAGGACACCGCAUUUUGGAGGAAUCUGGGAGGCGGCCGUGAAAUCGGUGAAGCAUCAUGCCCAUCGAGUCCUACGAGACACUUUGUUUAGUUAUGAGAGUUUAAAUACUUUUUUGACGGAAAUCGAGUCAAUUUUGAAUUCGCGACCAUUGACUCCAAUGUCGUCUGACCCAAAUGACCUUGACGCGUUAACGCCGGGCCAUUUCCUGAUAGGAACCUCGUUUGCGGAUUUGCCAUCGCUUGAUUAUUCGGCUACAAAGGUAAAUGUUUUGACGUCAUGGCAACAUUUGCAAAAAUUGCGCCAAGAUCUCUGGAAACGGUGGUAUGUUGAAUACUUGAGUGAACUCAAUGUAAGGAGUAAAUGGUUUCAAGGUAGUGCAGAUAUUGUAAGGGUAGAUUCUAUGGUUGUAUUACGAGAUAAUAAUUUGCCACCACUGCAAUGGUUGUUAGGAAGAGUGAUUGAAACGCAUGCAGGAGAUGAUGGCAUAAUACGUGUUGUUUCGGUAAAGACGAAAAAUGGCAUCUGCAAGCGAGGAGUAAAAAGAGUAUCGCCGUUACCCUUAGACUGUGAUUAA